AUGAGCUCCGAAGUGUCUGAGGUCGACGUAGCCGUGGAAAAGUCUGAGUAUCUCGGUGAUGUGCGUGCGCGGCUGUUUUUGCUUUCGCAAUUUCCCACGCGUCCCCCAACCUAUGCUGAAAUCCAUGAUAUUUAUUCAAAACUGACGGCUGCUGCGCUAGAGGGUGAAUUCGAUUUUGAUCUUGAAUCACUGCUGAAGCUUUGCGACGAGCGUUCCCAAACUUUGUCCGUAGCACAACGUGAAAAAAGCAUAGAAUCAGGCGGCGAUCAGUUCGCAAGCGAAGACGAUGUUUCCGUGUAUUCUUCAGAGAUGGAUAGUCUUUCCGACUCCGAUGCUGUGGGAACUGCGGAAUCGGAUGGUGAUGUUAAAUCAGAAACAGCAGAUGGUGAUGCAAUGGAGGUGGACGAACCUGAAACAGCUCAACCUCCAGAGGAGCCCGAUCAAGAGGACUCUGUGCAAGGAGAAACGAGCACAGAGGAUGCUGAAACAGAUGAAGAAAAGGUGGAACCCGAUGCCCCUACUGAACAAAAUACUGCUGAAGCGGAGACUACAGAACAGGAACCUGCAGCUACAGAAUCCGAUGAGCAGGUUUCGGUGGAGGCCAAACCUGAUACUCAUUCAAAGGAGCCAGCCCCUAAAGAAGCUUCCCAAGAAGCCGCUGAUGAAACUGCGACUGAAAUAAAGAGUGGAGAACCAGCAACAACUGAGCAGAUGUCUGCAGCAGUUAGCCCCGUCACAAAACCCACCGAGGCGCCAGCAAAAGAGCCAGUUCAAAACGAGAGUAAAAAAACAGCUACUCCUGAUGACCAGCCUAAAUCACUCGCCAAACUUAUGCGACUCGAGACUUUAAAACAGUUGGAAGCUCAAAAUGCCGAACAGUUGAAGUUGAGCCAGGCUGCCUUAGACAUUCAAUUGAAGAAUAGAGACUUGACUGUCGACGAGUCCAACCCUACCAGUAUUGAUCCUGCGAAUGUGGAUGAUUCAUUUUUGGCUUAUAUUGUCCCUGACAGACUUCCAGAACCGCCUCAGUAUCGUAGACCGCUGGCCGAACUUUAUUAUUCCGUCAAGACUAUGCCAACGUGGAAAUUGCUUCCUUCUUCUCACAAGGUAUUGAGCACAGAUAUAUACAAGUUGUCGCUUCUGGAGGGCCGUUUAGCUAUCGCUUAUGGCCGAAUCGAGGAACUUCGACAAAGUGGUAAAUGGAGUUUGUACCAGAGAGCCAAGUUCAAGCCUCCUCCCCGCGAAGAGGUUCACCAAGAUUAUCUUUUGGACGAAAUGCGCUGGAUGUCUACGUCAUUUUCCGAGGGACGAAAGUUCAAGAUCGCAAUGUGUAAACAGAUUGCUGAUUCCAUUCUUGAUUAUUGGCGUCUAGGGCCUGAAGAAUGCUGUAUCAAAGCGCGAGCACCUAAAGAAAUGCCACCUCUUGAGGAUUCGACCACAGUAAAUCCCGCAGAUGUCAUGGCAGUUGAUGAACAGGUUCCAGAUUCUAAAGAACAGUUCUUCACCUCUCUGGUUCCCCUGGCUGGUGACUCGGUCACUUUCCCGCUCAUUGUACGUCCUGACGAGCUCAAUGAUGUCUCCAAACAACUGUAUGAUGACCUGCAUGAGCGGCCAGUGCUUCAGCAGAGUCGUUAUACCAACGAGUUCGACACACUCAGUAUUACAUCUGUUACAAGAUUCCUUACGGCCCCUGAUUACGCAAGGGGAUGGCGGAGGGUUGCACUGGAACGUCCGGUAAAGCUUCCUGCCGUCUUUGCGACUUCUGGUACGGAAAAUGGGCGCCUUGCUUUGCCGAAAUCGUCCAAGACACCCUUGUUCCCCGGUGCACAGACAGCAAUGCUUAUGGACCAUGAGGUUCGUGCGCCAAAACCGCCAGACGUUCGUUAUAUGAACACUAGAAACGCUACAGUUUGGACCCCUAGCGACGACCAGCGACUGCUUAUAAUUGCAAAGGAACAAAAAUAUAACUGGGAAAUUGUUUCUGCGUACCUCUGUUCAAAACCGACAAUGGGGUACACCUCAAACAUAGAGAGGCGGAGCCCAUGGCAAUGUUUUGAGCGGUGGCUACAGCUCAAUAAAGCUUUCGAUGUUCGUGACCUCAAAGGUCGGUAUGCCGAGCAAGCUCGCAUUUGGCUUGAGACGCUACCUAAAGCUCAAACUGCUGCUAAAAGACGCCUUUCUGCUUUGGGCGUACCAGCGGACAAUUUGCCGCGCGGCCACAAACGUCUACGCUGGUCGUCGAUGUUUGAGGGUGUGCGCAAGGCCCGAAAGAAGAAGGAAACGAGCAUAACCAAACCUAAUCCUGGACGUCGUCAAGCGGCCCUUGAGAGUCUCAAAAAUAACAGCACAGGUGAAAAAUACAAAGUUCGGUCUGCUGCAGAAUUACUGCAGCUCAAGUACGAGCGCGAUAGGCAGGUUGCUGAGGCCUAUGCGAAAACGCGAGCAAAUGCUCAGCAAAAUGCUGCCAGGACUGCAACCGCCGGCACUGGAGCUCCGGGCCAUGCUGUACCUAACGGUUCGCAAAUGCCUGUGCCUGCACCAACUGGCCCCACGGCACCCAACCAAGUAGGUGCUAUGGGACGGCUGCCCACAGGUGUAACCGACACGGAGAAGGCAAGAAUUGUUGCGCAGCAAGCAGCCUUGAUGCAAUCGCAGCAGCGUGCCCAAGCAGCAGCGGCAGCAGCAGCCUCGAACUCUCCGCAACCUGUCCAGCGGCCGCUGUCUGCUCAGUCUGGUGCGACAGCGGGUAAUCUUCAACAGCGUCCUCAAUCGGCGGGGGCCACGAUUGGCAACCCAACAGGCUCUCCUACCCUGGAUCAGCUCAAGGCGUACGGCAAUAUGCCCCCGUCAAUUGCUGGUCUACCUUUACCUGCUUCUGUCGCUGCCGCAGCUGCUCGUAGGGCUCAGGCACACGCACAAGCUCAAGCACAGGCCCACGCUCAUGCCCAAGCACAGCAGGCUCAGCAGGCACAGCAAGCCCAACAGGCUCAACAAGCACAGCAGGUACAGCAGGUACAGCAAGCGCAGCAGGCACAGCAAGCGCAAAACCAAGCAAGGGCACAAGCCAUUCGUAAUGCCACACCAGAACAGCAGCAGCAGAUGCUUGCUGAAAGGAGGAGGAUGAUCCAGAUGGCAGCUGCUCGCCGUCAAGCCCAGGUCCAGGCUCAGGCUCAGGCCCAGGCUCAAGCUCAGUCGCAAGUCCAGCAAAGUCAAGGGGUGCCUCCUCAAUCACCUCAUUCAUCGCACGGUGGUUCUCCUUUCCAAUCACCGGUAAUGGACUACGCGACCGUUCCUCAAAGCUCGCCGGGUACCCAGCCCAUGCUGCCUCCACAACGUUCUGGACUCAACGCGGCUUCUGCUGCCGCCGCCGCGGCUGCCCGAAGUAUGCCUGGUCAACAGACUGCUUCUCCCCAAACAGCCAAUGCUCAACUUAUGGGCAUGCCGCCGCAACGAGUAAAGAUGAGUGACUAUGUUACAAAGACCCAGUUCCAGCAGCUUUUGAUGCAGAUCCACCGGCAAAACCCCUCGUGGACACGACAGCAAGUGCAACUGUUUGCCUCGCAACAAGUACAGCGUUACAUUCGUCGCGAACAGGAACAAAAGCGCCUGGAAGCGUUGCAAGCCCAGGCGCAGGGCCAGGGGGAUCCUCGGCAAAACCAGGGUCAGCAACCACCUUUCUAA